AUGGGUCUGCCAAGUCUGCCCCGGGACCCUGAGCUUGAAGUAUAUGGUCUUGCCAUGUAUCCCCGCACUUCCUUGACUCCGCGGGGUCAAUGCUACUGCUGCACCGUUAUUGCCACCGCCAUCCUUCUUAUUGUUGACCUUCCCUGGCCAGGUUCCCCAGAAUUGGCAGAAUCAACAUCGUUACUAGCUCCGGAGUAUGUCAUUAAUAGUAGUCGCACAUCGCAUGUUGGAGAGCACGAGACAGUUCAUCGUGCCGGGCCGACCGAAUGGCAACCUGCAGUUCGGGCAGAAGAUCCCAAGGGUUCGGAAUCAAAAUCACCUGCGCUCACUCUUGACCGAGAAGCGGAAAGUGAUACGGGAUGCACAACUUUUGGAUAUCAGAGGCCACGGCGAAAACGAGCCGGAAAUUCCGCAUUUCUGCAACGCAUUAAUAGGAAGCUCAGGGAACCACCUCAGCCGCCAGCUACGGGCUGUGUCGGUGGUCGUUCGCUAGACAUCAUUCAUUUCCCUCGGAAUGCCUUGAAGCAUGUCCCCACAUCAUGCCAACAAGAUGACUUCCAACGCAAGCAGCUCCAGGUAUUUUUACCCCCACCUGUAUUAUAUGCAAUCCGCCUCCGGGACGGCCUUCAAAUCUUCAACCAGGGUUCCCUCCAAUAUGAGAGGACGAGGGCUGCUUGGGUUCGCCAAACUGUGCACGUAAAUGUCACCCGCCUGGAAAUUCUCGGUAGCAAGUGGAAGGUUUAUUGGACGCACCUAUUUCUGCCUUCAGACGUACAUGGUACCAUUGUAAGCGGUGGCGCGAACGAGAUGGGGCACUGCGGAUACAGAUGUGACGACGAGGGCACAGACUUCUGGCAUCAGGUGUAA